UCUAAGUUCUACCCCUCUCUGCUCUGAAACACGGGGAGAACAAAGGAUCAGAUCUUCGAGUGUUGCAACCGUUGUUAAAGGAUACGGAGGACGAGAUCUGACUGUCGUCACACCUCUUGAGAAGAUCUUCUGGGAUCUCUAAGAUCAGACAUGGCGCAACCGCUCGUGAAGAAGGACGAUGAUCACGACGAUGAGCUGGAAUACUCUCCGUUUAUGGGAAUUGAAAAGGGAGCAGUACUUCAAGAAGCAAGAGUCUUUAAUGACCCUCAGCUUGAUCCUAGAAGAUGCUCCCAGGUCAUCACGAAACUUCUUUAUCUGCUUAACCAGGGGGAGACUUUCACGAAGAUUGAAGCCACUGAAGUUUUCUUUGCAGUGACUAAGCUUUUCCAAUCAAAAGACACGGGUUUGAGGAGAAUGGUCUAUUUGAUCAUAAAGGAGCUAUCUCCAUCUUCGGAUGAGGUUAUCAUUGUAACAAGCUCCCUUAUGAAAGACAUGAAUAGCAAGAUUGAUAUGUAUCGAGCAAAUGCUAUCCGUGUCCUCUCCCGGAUAAUAGACGGAACCCUUCUCACGCAAAUUGAGCGAUACUUGAAACAAGCCAUUGUGGAUAAGAAUCCUGUGGUUGCCAGUGCAGCUUUGGUUAGUGGAAUUCAUCUGCUCCAGACAUCCCCAGAAAUAGUUAAAAGAUGGAGCAAUGAGGUUCAGGAAGCUGUUCAAUCCAGAGCUGCCCUUGUUCAGUUUCACUCCCUGGCUUUGCUUCAUCAGAUACGUCAGAAUGAUAGAUUAGCUGUCAGCAAGUUGGUUGCCAGUUUGACCAGGGGAUCUGUUCGGUCUCCCUUGGCCCAGUGUCUCUUGAUACGUUAUACCAGUCAGGUUAUUCGGGACAUGUCCAACCACAAUCAGUCUGGGGACCGGCCAUUCUAUGAUUUUCUUGAGAGUUGUCUGCGCCAUAAAUCCGAAAUGGUGAUCCUUGAGGCUGCCAGAGCAGUCACUGAGCUCGAUGGUGUGACAAGCCGAGAAUUGACUCCUGCCAUCACUGUGCUCCAGCUCUUUUUGAGUUCUCCUAAACCAGUUUUGAGAUUUGCUGCUGUCAGGACUCUGAACAAGGUUGCAAUGACUCAUCCCAUGGCUGUUACCAACUGCAACAUCGACAUGGAGAGUUUGAUUUCGGAUCAAAAUAGAAGUAUUGCUACACUCGCUAUCACCACACUCCUGAAAACAGGGAAUGAAUCAAGUGUGGAACGCUUGAUGAAGCAAAUAACCAAUUUUAUGUCAGAUAUCGCUGAUGAGUUCAAAAUUGUAGUUGUGGAAGCCAUAAGAUCGUUGUGUGUGAAAUUUCCAUUGAAGUACAGAUCCCUGAUGAACUUUUUAAGCAACAUUCUUAGGGAAGAAGGUGGAUUUGAGUAUAAAAGGGCAAUUGUAGACUCUAUAGUAAUCAUCAUCAGAGAAAUCCCAGAUGCAAAGGAAGGUGGACUACUUCAUCUUUGUGAGUUCAUUGAAGAUUGUGAAUUCACAUAUCUUUCAACACAGAUUCUUCAUUUCUUGGGAAUGGAAGGGCCUAAUACCUCAGAUCCAAGCAAAUAUAUACGAUAUAUUUAUAACCGUGUGCAUCUGGAGAAUGCAACUGUCCGAGCUGCUGCUGUUAGCACGCUCGCCAAGUUUGGGUUUGCAGUUGAAUCUUUGAAGCCCCGUAUCACUGUUUUAUUGAAGCGGUGUAUCUAUGACAGCGAUGACGAGGUUCGUGAUAGGGCUACCCUCUUUUUGAGUUUACUUGCUGGCGAUAGCUCGGUGGACACUGAUAAAGAUAGCAAGGAAUUUCUAUUCGGUUCUCUGGAUGUCCCUCUUGUCAAUCUGGAAACUAGUCUGAGGAAUUAUGAGCCUUCUGAAGAACCUUUUGAUGUCACUUCUGUGCCUAAGGAGGUAAAAACUCAGUCCCUCGCGGAGAAGAAAGCCCAUGGCAAAAAGCCCACUGGUCUCGGUGCUCCACCGGCUGCACCUGCUUCUGGUUUUGAUGCCUAUGAAAGACUUCUCUCGUCUAUCCCAGAGUUUGCAGGCUUUGGCAAACUUUUCAAGUCUUCGUCACCUGUGGAGCUCACGGAAUCAGAAACAGAAUAUGCAGUCAAUGUUGUUAAGCAUAUCUUUGACAGCCACGUCGUGUUUCAGUACAACUGCACAAAUACAAUUCCAGAGCAAUUAUUGGAGAGGGUCACUGUCGUGGUAGAUGCUUCAGAAGCAGAGGAAUUCUCCGAAGUAGCUUCCAAGCCGCUGAACUCACUCCCUUAUGAUUCACCUGGCCAGGCCUUUGUGGCGUUUGAGAAGCCCGCAGGGGUCCCUGCUGUUGGAAAGUUCUCGAACACUCUGGCUUUCGUUGUCAAGGAGGUUGACCCGAGCACAGGUGAGGCAGAGGACGAUGGAGUGGAAGAUGAGUACCAACUGGAGGACCUCGAGGUCGUGGCAGCUGAUUACAUUCUGAAAGUUGGGGUAUCCAAUUUCAGAAACGCAUGGGAGAAUAUGGACCCAGAAAACGAGCAUGUAGAUGAGUACGGACUCGGGCAGAGAGAGAGUUUAGCCGAAGCUGUAAAGGCUGUCAUCGAUCUUCUCGGUUUGCAGACGUGCGAGGGAACAGAGACGGUAGCGAGCAAUGCGAGGUCGCACACGUGCUUGAUGUCAGGAGUGUAUAUAGGGAACGUGAAAGUGGUAGUGAGGGCACAGUUUGGGAUGGACAGCGAGAAGGAGAUAAUGAUGAAACUGUCUGUUAGAGCCGACGAUGCCUCCGUCAGUGAAGCCAUUCACGAGAUCGUCGCCAGCGGCUAAAGCCAUUCAUGAGCUCUCUCUCUCUCUCAAGUUUCCUGCUAUCCUUCAGAUAUGUUUUGGAAAACAAACAUGAAAACACAAGGGAAGGUGCCAUAGGUGAACUCUUGGUUUAAAUCCUGGCUUUUUUUGUUUAAAUAGGGAUUUUACGUCUCGUAUUCUAUUCUGUUGAGUUCUGUUUCGGAUUAUUUCAGUUCGGGGAAAAUAACAAAUUGAAUGGGAAUCUGUUAUAGUUU